AACAACAAGGACAAUUACGUAAAUGAGUUGCUCUAAAAAAGAAACCUCUCUGUUUUCAGUAAUCGAUAUGCGUGCAUUACAAACUCUCUCUCUCUCUCUCUUCACUUUAUUCCCACUGUUUCAGCUCAGAUCACUGUCUCAUUUCUCAAAUCAAAACUCUCUCUCUCUUCCCUCAAAUCCGUUUCAAUGUUUUUGAACUCCGUUCUUCAUGUUCAACAUGUUUAGGGUUUCUUUCUUCAUUGCUUCAUAUACUACCACUUAGUUCAAAACUUCAUUUUUCUUCAAAAAAAUCUCUUCUUUCUUCUUCCUCAAGCUCCAUUCACAACAAAAACAGAAAAAACAAACUCUUAAGUUAAAAGGGUCGGUUCAAAGUUGACAUUUUUAUAGCUUUUUUUAUGGCUUUUACAUUGGGCUUUUGCCCAAAUAGAAAAAAAACGCGUAAAUUCAGUUGAUGAGUUUCAAAGUUUCAUUUUUUAUAAGUGGGGUUUUCGUUUUCUUUUUUGUAGAGAUAAGACACUAGAAAAAUUCUGGUUUCUUUCAGACAAAAAAACAGUUGACGCAACUGGUUUUGUUGAAACCAGAAAGUAAAAAAAGAAACGGGUUUUAAGGUUGUAAGAACGAGGAUUUCUUGUUUCACUGUUUGGAACUAUUUAUUGUUGUUCCGUUUCUUCUUUCUAAUACACUCUUAUAGUGUGUGUAAGUUACACGUAUUUGUAUUGUAUUUGUAUCUGUAUUUGUAUUUUGUGUGUGUAGUGUACAAUACACACUCUUAUUUGGGGUCUAAGAGUGAGUUAUAAUAAGAAUCUUGUAGUUGUUGUGUUGUAUUGUAUUGUAUUGUGUUGUGUUGCCCCUUUUGGUUUUACUUUUGGAGUGUGAUUGUUUGAGGUUUUGAAAUUGAGAAUAGGAGAAGAAGAUGGCUAUGGCUGUUGCACAAAGGGAUAACAGCAUUGAGAGACACAUUGAUUCUUCUGGGAAAUAUGUGAGGUACACUGCUGAACAGAUUGAAGCUUUGGAAAAGGUUUAUGUGGAAUGCCCCAAACCAAGUUCAUUGAGAAGGCAACAGCUGAUUCGAGAGAAUCCGGUUUUAUCCAACAUCGAACCUAAACAAAUCAAGGUUUGGUUUCAGAACAGAAGGUGUAGGGAGAAGCAGAGGAAAGAGUCUUCUGAGCUUCAGACUUUGAACAGGAGACUUGCAGCAAUGAACAAGCUGUUGACAGAGGAAAAUGAUCGGCUGCAGAAACAGGUUUCACAACUGGUGAAUGAGAAUGGAUUUAUGCGCCAACAAGUUAACACCAUCACAGCUGCUGCAAGUGCUGAUGGCAGCGAUUCCGCGGCUGCUACUCCUCCUCUGAGUUCCAUGAGAGAUGCUAAUAGCCCUGCUGGAUUCCUAUCAAUUGCAGAGGAGACAUUGGCAGAGUUCCUUUCAAAGGCUACAGGAACUGCUGUCGAUUGGGUCCAGAUGCCUGGGAUGAAGCCUGGUCCGGAUUCGGUUGGGAUAUUUGCCAUUUCUCAAGGUUGCAAUGGAGUGGCAGCUCGAGCCUGUGGUCUUGUUAGUUUAGAACCUGCUAAGAUUGUGGAGCUCCUAAAAGAUCGCGCGUCUUGGUAUCGUGACUGUCGGAGUUCAGAAGUUUUUACAAUGUUCCCAGCUGGAAAUGGAGGGACAAUUGAACUUGUUUACACACAGACAUAUGCUCCAAUGACGCUGGCUUCUGCUCGGGAUUUCUGGACUCUAAGAUACACUACAAACUUGGAAAAUGGCAGUAUUGUGGUUUGUGAAAGGUCACUGUCUGGUUCUGGUGCUGGGCCUAAUGCUGCUGCUGCCGCACAAUUUGAGAGGGCUGAAAUGCUUCCCAGUGGCUAUUUGAUUCGACCAUGUGAAGGUGGAGGGUCAAUCAUCCGCAUUGUAGACCACCUAAAUCUUCAGGCAUGGAGUGUGCCAGAAGUGCUGCGACCACUCUACGAAUCAUCAACGAUGGUUGCUCAGAGAUUGACAAUUGCAGCACUUCGCUAUAUCAGGCAAGUAGCUCAAGAAACAAGUGGCGAAGUGGUAUAUGGCAUGGGUCGGCAACCUGCGGUUCUGAGAACUUUUAGCCAACGGUUGAGCAGAGGUUUCAAUGAUGCUGUCAAUGGAUUCAAUGAUGAUGGCUGGUCUGUUUUGAACUGUGAUGGUGCGGAGGGUGUUACUAUUGCUGUUAAUUCAAUCAAGAAUUUGAGUGGCACUGCUAAUCCAGCAAGUUCCCUUUCACUCCUUGGAGGAAUUGUCUGUGCAAAAGCUUCUAUGUUACUCCAAAAUAUCACUCCUGCUGUUUUAGUUCGCUUUCUGAGGGAACAUCGCUCAGAGUGGGCCGAUUUUAGUGUUGACGCAUUUUCUGCUGCAUCGCUUAAAGCUGGCUCCUAUGGCUAUACUGGAAUGAGGUCUACGAGGUUCACCGGCAACCAAGCAAUCAUGCUGCUUGGACAUUCAAUUGAACAUGAAGAGAUGCUAGAAGUUAUCCGCCUUGAAGGUCACGCUCCUGCUCAUGAAGAUUCUUUUGUUUCUAGGGACGUUCAUCUCUUACAGUUGUGUACUGGAAUUGAUGAGAAUGCUGUGGGGGCUUGUUCUGAGCUCAUAUUUGCACCAAUUGAUGACAUGUUCCCAGAAGAUGCUCCAUUGGUGCCUUCUGGUUUCCGCAUUGCUCUGCUGAAUUCACAACAGGGUGAUAAACAGAACUCAUUGACAGCAAAUCGAGCCUUGGAUUUGACUGUUGCUCCGACAACAACUCAUGCCGCGGGAGACACAUGUCCUAACAACCGAUGUAUUUUGACUGUUGCCUUCCAGUUUCCUUUUGAAACCGGUCUACAGGAUAAUGUUGCAGCUAUGGCACGUCAGUAUAUCCGCCGUGUAGUUUCUGCUGUGCAGGCACUUGCCACUGCUAUAUCUCCAUCCAGUGCUAACACCGCCGGUGAAGCAAAACUCUCCCCCGGCUCUCCUGAAGCCCUUACACUAGCUCAAUGGAUCUGCCAGAGUUAUAGUAAUUAUUUGGAGGUGCCACUACUGAGAUCCGAUUCUCUUAUCGGGGAUAUGGUACUGAAACAUUUGUGGCAUCAUCCUGAUGCUAUUUUGUGCUGUUCUUUGAAGACGGUACCCGUCUUCAUCUUUGCAAACCAGGCUGGCCUUGACAUGCUGGAAACAACUCUUGUGGCUCUACAAGACAUCACGCUGGAUAAAAUAUUCAAUGACUCUGCUCGCAAGAAUUUGAUUGCGUACUUUGCUAAGUUAAUGCAGCAGGGGUUUGCUUGUAUGCCAGCUGGGAUCUGCAUGUCAACAAUGGGGAGGCACGCAUCCUAUGAUCAAGCUGUCGCGUGGAAAGUGCAUGCUGAAGAUACCAGUGUUCAUUGCCUUGCUUUUUCUUUCAUAAAUUGGUCAUUUAUAUGAAAAUCCUAUUGCAGUAUUCACAGCCCUACUUUAUAUUUUCCCACUUGAACAUAAAAACAAGGGUAUGAUUCUAAAUGUUCGAGUUUUGAGAGGGGAAAAUAAAUUAGAAUUUUUUGUUUAUGCACAUUACAAGAUCAGAUUUGGAUCAUUUCAAUUUAAUUUAUUUUGUUACUUUGGUACCUAAACCAGAAUGAUUUGAUCUUGUAAAAUUUUGUCAGUACUAGUACUAGAAUAUAAUAAAUGAAGUGGGGAUUUUUAUGACA